GACUUGAUUUUUUUUUCCUCUCUCUGGGAGUUGGUUUUCACUUCCUGCCCCUUCCGUGCCUUUGUCUCCACUGGACGCUGCCGAGGGCACACCUGAGGGGUGAAGGCACAGGGGGACCAGGGAGACACCCUUCUCCUAGCAUCGGUCCCACCUGAGACCACACAGGAAAGGACUAGGGUCUCAAGGCGGUGAGGACCAGGUUGCCAGGAUGGCCAGCAGGAGACUGGGUCCGCAGUCCAGAUUCAGGGUCUGCCUGGUGCUGGUGGCAGUGGCAGUCGUCUUCGGUGAGGAGCAGGAGACAAAACCCUUUGGAGAAACCUGCCUGGAGGACUUUACGGUGGGGAUGCCGGGUUUGGUGCUGGACACAGACGCCUCUGUCCAGAAUGGAGCCACCUUCUUGUCGUCCCCCAUGGUCCAUCGGGGCAGGGACUGCAUGAGGGCUUGCUGUAAGGACCCUGCUUGUAACCUGGCCCUCGUGGAGCAGGUCCCAAACUCAGGAGAAGACGACAUCCAGGGCUGCUUUCUCCUCAACUGCCUCUACGAGCAUACUUUCGUCUGCAGGUUUGUGAGGAAGGUCGGCUUUCUCAACUUCUUGAAGAAGGAUGUCUACGAUGCCUACGAGGCAAUGCAGAAGCACGGAUCUAAUGAUGACCGUCCUCCGAUAGCCCGCAUUGGCAGGGACAUGCGGGUACAGCCGGGGGAGCCAGUGAUGCUGAGAGGCGCAGAGAGCACAGACGACCGUGGGAUUGUCAGCUAUGAAUGGAAACAGAUCCUUGGGGACCCCUCUGUGGAGAUGAAGAAGCAGGAAGAAGACCAAGUAGAAAUCUCCAACCUACAGGUGGGCACUUACGUCUUCCAGCUUACCGUCACAGACACCGCCCAGCAGAGAGACUUCACCAACAUCACCAUCGUGGUGCUGGAUGCUGAGCAAACUGAAGAGCAUUGCUUGACUCCAAAGAAGGUGGGUUGGUGUCGCGGCUCUUUUCCACGCUGGUUUUACAACCCAGCCCUUCAGCAGUGCGAGGAGUUCAUUUUUGGUGGAUGCAAGGCCAACAAGAAUAACUACUUACAGGAAGAGGAGUGUGAACUCGCCUGCAAGAAUGUUAAGGGUUCUGUUGGUGGGCGACAAAUGCCAGUAUGCAAUGGGAACUGUCAGGCCCCCUCCUUCAGAUGCAAGGAUGGCUGCUGCAUUGAUGCCUAUCUGGAGUGUGACGAAACUCCAGACUGUGCUGAUGGAUCAGACGAGGUGUAUUGUGAACAAUAUGCUCGUGAGUUCAAUAGACUGCAGAAAAUCAACGUUACACAAAAGCAGGAUCACUGUGUGGACUUGCCCGACACUGGUCUGUGCACAGAGAGCAUCCCCCGCUGGUACUAUAACCCAUUCUCCGAGAAAUGCGACCGCUUCACCUAUGGGGGCUGUGGUGGCAACAAGAACAACUUUGAAGAAGAGGGAGAGUGCAUGAAAUCGUGUUCAGGCAUCACAAAAGCAGAUGCCAUUGGCCGAAGAUGGGAAUCAUUUGAGCCCCACAGCGCUAUGUUAAGUGCCUUUGAGGUGGUGAUUGCUGUGCUCCUUGGCAUCUGCAUCAUGGUGGUCCUGGUGAUCAUCGGCUACUUCUUCCUGAAGAACAGGAGGAAGAACAGCCGUCGCCGUCAGCCGACCACCGCUACCAACUCCACCCUCUCCACCACAGAGGACACUGAGCAUCUGUUUUACAACGGUGCCACCAAACCAGUCUGACCUACAGCCUCUCUCUCUCCAGCCACGCAUUGGGACAUUCCCAAGAACUUCUGGAGUUUUGUUUUUAGACAGGGGCCUGUGCCUGAAGGGCUUUUUUUUUCUUAAAGACAUUUGUAGCAUGAGGCCAAGAUCUAGCCAUGAUUUGGCAGUAAUAGUGGUUGUGAUUGUCCUGGCUAAAUGGCUGCUCUGGACUGAGGACCUGGGAGCGUUUUGAUGCUCUCUGAUGUCUAUCCCUUCCUAACCUCAAACAAUCCAGUGAAAACUCUGAAUGACAACUUUCUUCCUUCUCAAACCUGGAGCACAAGUCAGCUCUACUUACUGAAGGACCCUGAGAUUGCAUCUGUGUAGCAUUCAUAUUGGUGAAUGGUGCAAGCUCACCAGAGCCAGCAAUUUUGUGUUUGCAGUGCCGCUUCCUUCCACCCAGCCUCAUAGUUUCUGCCCUUUCCCCACUUUGCAAGGUGGCCCUGCCUUCCCGCAGUCCUCCUGGUCGUGGUGAGCCUCGUGGGGACUGUGUGCUUCGGGUAACUGGCUGGACCUGUUCUGAGAGCUCUGCGACACUGUCCGGUGGUUCCUGUUCUCAUGAUGGAAGGAAACAGAAAUACCUGUUUUAAUCACUAGGCUUUGCUUUUUAACAGAAAAGUGCACCUAGAUUUUUUUUUUCUGCCUGGCUGUCACGUUACAGCCACCUGCAUACAGUAUGUGUCUACCAUUUUCUCUCCCUGAGUUGCCCUGGUUGCUUUUCCAGUGUUCAGCCUGACCCUGAGCACAUUGACACAAUAUCUAUUUAUUCUCACAUGAAAUGAAAAGGAAUGUCCUGACUUUCCUGCUGAUGGUGAGGGGAGGGCAGAAGGACCCAGCUCCCCCCGUUGCUGCUGUGGUGCCAGCCAGUGGUGACCAUGGCAAACCUUGUGCUCCCAAAGGGGCUGCCCAGAAACCUCGUGGGAAAGCACUGCCUGGUGUUUGGGAAGCAUCCUUGAGGGAGGUAGGGAAGGAGAGGAUUCUGGGGAGAAGUGCAGUGAAGGAACCAGAGGGUUCCCUGGAGGUACUGAGGCCAUCUGCAUGGUCCUGGCUGUGCCACCGAGCAGUGCCGGUGGCUGCUGCGCCCUCCAGGAAGCUUGUGCUGCUAUUUUGGUUUUACUGCCCUCUCCUCACACAGCUGCUGACCUGAGUCCCUGUCAUCAGGAGCAGGCCAGCUAACAUCCUCUUUCCUGCUGUCCUGUCCCUCCCGGUGCAAGAUGAGCCCAGCCCUGGGAGGUCCAGAGCUCAUCCCUGGCCCCGUGGCAGCACGUGACAUCCCCACCUCGCUGAGGUCCUGCGUGCUCCCCGUAGGCUGAUGUAGCAGGGUGCCCCCCAGCUCUGUACGGCUACGUCUGCAGCAUCCAGGCUUGUGCCUCUGGUUGCUGAGGGCUUCAGCUGUGGGCUGAAACUGCUGUUUCUGUAGUGCCUGGUACACCCUGUCAGGCAUGGGGUUGGCACCAGUCCCUGAGCCCCCUGUGCCUACUGUUCCUGGAAAACUGCUGUGAAGAGAGAGGAAAUCGGGUGCGUGCGUGCGUGCGUGUAACAAAGCACAAAUCUAUGUACAGAUUUUAGUUUAAAUGCUUGGACCCUUUCAGGGCUGAGGGCAGAGUGGCUCUGGAAGGCUCUGUUGAUGGCUCAGGGAAUGGCUCAUCUCCCAUGUGCAGCUCUGGGAGAAGUGCUGAGUUGUGCCAGUGCCUGGGCUGGAGGGGAAGAAACUGCUGCCCACAGACUGGUGACAAUCUGACUGCACGCUUCUCCCUGUCACAGCAGGGCUCGUGCUCACAGCCAUCUGCCCCAGUGUCCCUGGGGCAGGUCAGAUUCCUCCAUGGCUUUUCACGGUCUGUCUCGUAUCAUUUCUUCCAUCGCUCCGAUUUUCCCACAGCCUAUGCAAUAAACUUACCAUCUUGAUU